GCUCUGCUCCUUCGCAGCUCGUAGGGGCUGACAGCCCUGCGGAGACGCCAGCCCGGGGCCCCCAUGGAGUGGGAGUUGCGGAGCCCAGUCGCCGAGCAGUAGCUGCAGCAGUGGGAUGUUUACCUGGCGGUGCCUCAUCCUUUGGGCUGUGCUGGUCGCAGCCGCGCUCUCCGCUGCCCGGCCGGCCCCCACCCUGCCCGACCAAGCCCUGCCCAAAGCAAAAAUCGAAGUGGAGUCCUACUCAGCCCACCCCGGCGAGCUCCUCCAGCUGCGCUGCCGGCUGCGGGACGACGUGCAGAGCAUCAACUGGGUGCGCGAUGGCAUCCAGCUGGCCGAGAACAACCGCACGCGCAUCACCGGCGAGGAGGUAGAGGUCAGGGACGUGGUGCCCGAGGACUCGGGGCUCUACGCCUGCAUGACCAACAGCCCCUCGGGCAGCGAGACCACCUACUUCUCCGUGAACGUCUCAGACGCUCUCCCCUCGGCAGAGGAUGAUGAUGAUGAAGAUGAUUCCUCGUCGGAGGAGAAGGAGGCGGAUAACACCAAGCCGAACCAGGCCAUCGCUCCAUACUGGACCUAUCCCGAGAAGAUGGAGAAGAAGCUCCACGCUGUCCCCGCUGCCAAAACAGUGAAAUUCAAAUGUCCUUCGAGCGGGACACCCAACCCCACGCUGCGCUGGCUGAAGAACGGCAAAGAGUUCAAACCUGACCACCGCAUCGGGGGGUACAAGGUCCGCCAGGCGACCUGGAGCAUCAUCAUGGACUCUGUGGUGCCGUCCGAUAAGGGCAACUACACCUGCAUCGUGGAGAACAAGUACGGCAGCAUCAACCACACCUACCAGCUGGAUGUCGUGGAGCGAUCCCCGCACCGGCCCAUCCUGCAGGCAGGGCUGCCCGCCAACAAGACAGUGGCCCUGGGCAGCAACGUGGAGUUUGUCUGCAAGGUCUACAGCGACCCUCAGCCCCACAUCCAGUGGCUGAAGCACAUUGAGGUGAACGGCAGCAAGAUCGGCCCCGACAACCUGCCCUACGUGCAGAUCCUGAAGACGGCUGGCGUUAACACGACAGACAAAGAAAUGGAAGUCCUUCACUUAAGGAAUGUCUCAUUUGAGGAUGCUGGGGAGUAUACAUGUUUGGCGGGUAAUUCUAUUGGGAUCUCCCAUCACUCUGCAUGGUUGACAGUUCUCGAAGCCAUUGAAGACACCCCAGCCAUGAUGACUUCUCCCUUCUACCUGGAGAUCAUCAUCUACUGCAUCGGAGCCUUCCUCAUCUCCUGCAUGGUGGUGACCAUCAUCAUCUACAAGCUCAAGAGCACCACCAAGAAGACGGACUUCAACAGCCAGCUGGCCGUGCACAAGCUGGCCAAGAGCAUCCCCCUGCGCAGACAGGUAACAGUGUCGGCCGACUCCAGCUCCUCCAUGAACUCGGGCGUGAUGCUGGUGCGGCCCUCGCGCCUCUCCUCCAGCGGCACCCCCAUGCUGGCCGGCGUCUCCGAGUACGAGCUGCCCGAGGACCCGCGCUGGGAGCUGCCCCGGGACAGGCUGAUCCUGGGCAAGCCUCUGGGAGAAGGCUGCUUCGGCCAGGUGGUGCUGGCAGAAGCCAUCGGCCUGGACAAGGACAAGCCCAACCGUGUGACCAAGGUGGCGGUGAAGAUGCUCAAGUCCGACGCCACGGAGAAGGACCUGUCUGACCUCAUCUCUGAGAUGGAGAUGAUGAAGAUGAUUGGCAAGCACAAGAACAUCAUCAACCUGCUGGGAGCCUGCACGCAGGAUGGACCCCUCUACGUGAUCGUGGAAUACGCCAGCAAGGGAAACCUGCGGGAGUACCUGCAGGCGCGGCGGCCCCCGGGCAUGGAGUACUGCUACAACCCCGCCCGCGUGCCCGAGGAGCAGCUCUCCUUCAAGGACCUGGUCUCCUGUGCGUACCAGGUGGCACGGGGCAUGGAGUACCUGGCCUCCAAGAAGUGCAUCCACAGGGACCUGGCAGCCAGGAACGUGCUGGUGACAGAGGACAACGUGAUGAAGAUCGCUGACUUUGGGCUGGCCCGUGACAUCCACCACAUCGAUUACUACAAGAAGACGACAAACGGUCGCCUGCCGGUGAAGUGGAUGGCCCCCGAGGCUCUCUUUGACCGAAUCUACACCCACCAGAGUGACGUGUGGUCCUUCGGGGUGCUGCUGUGGGAGAUUUUCACGCUGGGUGGGUCACCCUACCCCGGAGUGCCCGUUGAGGAGCUCUUCAAGCUGCUGAAGGAAGGUCACAGGAUGGACAAGCCCAGCAACUGCACCAACGAGCUGUACAUGAUGAUGCGGGAUUGCUGGCACGCCGUCCCUUCCCAGAGACCCACCUUCAAGCAGCUGGUGGAGGACCUGGACAGGAUCGUGGCCAUGACCUCCAACCAGGAGUACCUGGACCUCUCCAUGCCGCUGGAUCAGUAUUCUCCUGGCUUCCCGGACACCCGCAGCUCCACCUGCUCCUCGGGAGAGGACUCUGUUUUUUCCCACGACCCGCUCCCCGAUGAGCCGUGCCUUCCCAAGCUCCCCCCGCAGCACAGCAAUGGUGGACUGAAGCGACACUGAGGUGGCACUGCCGGGGUGCCGUGCCGUGCCACACCGUGCCACACCGUGCCAUGCCAUGCUGUGCCGUGCCGUGCCCGUGGACGCUGCCUGCACAGCCCGGUUGUGCUGAGCUGUCACAGAAAGGGUUCAGAGACACCCGUAGCAUCUCACGUAACCAAAACCACCCACGUCCUGCCAGCUUCUCCUGCCGCCUCGUGUCAGCUCUCCACAGCCCAAAGGGUUCGGCUCCCGUGUUUUUAUGGCAUUUCCUCCUUUCAUUUCUAAACCUCUUCCAUGAAUUCUGUGCUUGAGUGUUCCCACUUGGCUGAGCUGAAAUCCUCUCCGGUGGGCAGUGCAUGGCCAAAGAGCCCGCCAGGUGUCCUGGGAUGGCACAUCCUGGUGGGGCACCGAGCCGCGCUGCUCUGCCACUCGGGGAGUCGGAGCAGCACCCGGCUCCUGCGGCUGCACGAGGCGGGAGCCCUGGCAUUCUGGGAGCCUUGGUGUGCCAGGAACGUCACUGGUGUGCCAAGAGCCUUACUGGUGUGUCAGGAGCUUCACUGGUGUGCCAGGAACAUCACUGGUGUGCCAAGAGCCUUACUGGUGUGUCAGGAGCUUCACUGGUGUGCCCGGGAUGCCCCACAGGGCCAGCACCAGUGGGCUUUGCUGAGCCACGCCCGGCACAUCCGGGGCAGGAGCCCUGCACUGCCCAGAGGCAACCAAACCCACCCGUGCUAAACCCAGUCCCGUGUACAUAACGAAAAAUAUGUAUAAAUAUGAAUAUAUAUUUACAUGUCUUUUUAAAAAGGGUUGUUACCAGAGAUAUACCAGUUUGGUAGGAAGGUACUAGUGGCUGGUAGAUAUCAGUUGCUAUGAAAAAAAAAAAAAAAAGUCAUAUAUUUUGCUAUUUUUGCUGUUUUUAUUUUUUUAAAUUAUGUUCUAAACCUAUUUCAGUUUAGGUCCCUCGAUAAGAAUUGCUGCUGCUGCUUCAGUUUUAUAUGGGGUUGUAUUAAACAAUAAUAAUAACGUGUCGAUGCCUUUUGGGAA